GGGAAGUAGUGUUCAUGAAAUGCAAAAUGAGCUCCCGAACAAUAGUCAAAAUUUGUUCUCAUUGUCAAAAUUUAUUGUCAUUUUGGGAAGCAGCUAAAGAGUGGGUCAAACUCUUCUUCGCCCUUCGGUUCAUCGGUUGUCCUCACCACCGUCUCUCUGUUCAUUCACGUUCCUAUUCAGCUGGCAUCUCCAUCAUCAUCAUCAUCAUCAUCAUCAUCUAUCUAUCUCCUCAGUCAGGCAAUCAUACACAGUACCUAUAUGAUAUAUAUACAUAUUCACUCACACUCUGAUACAUAGGUUUUUGGCGAGGUUGAAUGUGUCAAUGUGGAGAAACAGCAUGUGCUAGAAUUUGAGGAGUUAGGGUUUUCAAUUGAGGGAUGCCGCUGAGCCGGUACAAGAUACGUAAUGAGUUCAGCUUGGCUGAUCCAGAACUGUACAGGUCCGCCGAUAAAGAUGACCCCGAGUUUCUCCUUGAAGGCGUAGCCAUGGCUGGACUUGUAGGCGUCUUGCGCCAGCUCGGUGACCUUGCUGAGUUUGCUGCUGAAAUAUUCCAUGAUUUGCAUGAAGAGGUUCUGGCAACUGCUGCAAGAGGCCAUAGUCUGUCAAUCCGGGUGCAGCAGCUUGAGGCUGAUUUCCCAUCAAUUGAGAAGGCACUUAUUUCACAGACCAACCACUCUUUAUUCUUCUAUAGUCCUGGCACGGAUUGGCACCCUAAUAUCCAUAUGGAGCAAAAUUUGGUUACUCAGGGUGAUUUACCAAGAUUUGUGAUGGAUUCUUAUGAAGAGUGCAGGGGUCCACCUCGCUUAUUUCUUCUAGACAAGUUCGAUAUAGCUGGUGCAGGAGCAUGUCUAAAACGCUAUACUGAUCCUUCUUUCUUUAAGGAGGGAGCUUCAUCCUUUGAAAUGACAAAUUCAGAUUUUCAUAGGGAAAAGAGAACUCGCAAGGCUAAGCAGAAGAAAGGACCACGUGGGAGGAAUGGCGAAGCCCCUGAGGCAUUACCCACUCCACAUGUCAAGCAGAAGCUGCAUCAGUUAUUCAUGGAGGAGGAGCAUUUUGAAAAUGGGAAUAAUGACUCUGUACGCCGUGUGAAAUUAAAAAGAAGGCUAAAUGGAUUUCCUUUUGACUCAAAAACUGGGAAAAGCUACAUGGAGAAGUUUUCAAGUACUCCUUCUCCAGAGCAUAAAGUUGUUGAUGAAGCCUCUUUAGAUUCAUUACACUUGAAGCUGGCAUCAAGUAGUGCCUAUCAAACUAAGCUUGAUUAUAUUGGAACCAGAAAGGCAAGUGGCGAUGAAGAGGCCACACACUCGCAUAUAACCCCAUCACAAUCUCCAUCUCCACCACUAAGUGAAGAUAAUGAUGCACUAAAACAACUAAACAAUGCUCCGUAUGAGGCGGUAACUGACGAUGGAGUUCUAGCUACUUCUACCUUUAGCCAUAGUUUUGAACUAGGUGACAACUUGUCAAGUUUUCGUAAACUGGCCACUCGAAAUGAAAUGUAUACCGAUAGAGGAGACCGCACAAAUUGUUACCACUCUGAUGAUGCUGGCAGUGAGAUAGAGAAUUAUGUAGAUGCCCUUGCUAGCAUGGAUUCAGAUUUGGAUACAGGCUUUGAGUUGAGAGCCAGAGCUCAUUCACGUGCUUUGGAUAGUGAAAAGCAUCUGACUACUCAUCAUGAUCAGAUUCGAACUCGAUCUUCUGAUUCUCAAUCAAUGGGCAAGUCCACUUUGUCGGAUGAUGCAAAUAGUGUUUUGAAAGUAGAAGAAUCUAGCUUUUCUUCUGGUUCAUCUAGAACUUCUCAUAUAACUAUUGCACCUUCAGAAGCUCAUGCUGGUAACAUGACUGAUAUCCGUGAGAUUCACAUGUGCUAUUCUCCGGUUGACUUGCGAUCUGAAGGUGAGCGAUUUGCAUCUCCCCAGCUUUCAGAACAUGCUUUUUAUAAUACAUCCACUGACCUGGUACCAUUGAGCACUUCAAGUCUUCUAGAUUGCUCUGUGAAUCCAGGAAUAGCCAAGGGUGGAAAUGUCAUGAGAGAAGAUGCCUUGGUGAAACAAACUACUAGUGAAAUUUUAUCCCAUCUUGAUGAAGAUCAAUAUGAUUCCAUUGGUGUUGCAGAAACUGGAGCUACUCCACAUAGGACUGCUUCAGCUUCCAUAGAUUUUGACAAUUCAGGGCAGACAGUUGGUGAUUUGCCACCUAUCGCAUCUGGUGAAAAGCGGUUGCUAAGUGAGAUACAUACUGCAGAUCUUAAUGAGAAAAAUAACAUUGCUUGUUCAACAAAUCAGUCUGAUGUUCCUUACGACAAUGGUGAUGAUUUUCCCGCUCAUUUACCUGUUAAUGUUCACAAUGGAGACUUAAGUAACAAUUUUUACAGUACAUCUAACCCGUUUAUCCCUCAAAAGAGAGGUGAACUAUGGUCCACUGAAAAUAAAUAUUUGGAUAUGCUGGUUGGGGAGUUGCUAAGUUCAGAGGAGGAUACAAACUGUUUAGAUAAUCUCUCUCAUCGCUCUACUUCAAACAAAGAUGGUUAUUUUCCUUCUUCAUAUGCCAUUAACUACUCAACUAAUGAAGUAAAUGGGGAUGUGAAUAUCGCCCAUGGUGCUUCAGUUCAUCUACCAAAUAUAAUGGAGGCUUCUUUAGAAGAGGAACAUGUCACACAUGAUUUUCAUAUUGCAUCCAAGGACGAAACUGCUAAAGAUUAUUGCACAGGAAUUGGUGAAGGUCACCUUUGUUCACCAAACUUGCUCAUGGUACAAACAGAAAAAGUGCCUCUUGAUUCAGCUUCAAAAAUUGAGACUAAUCAUACCACCAGUGUAAAGCUGGGCGAGACGUUGGUGUCUGAGGAAAAAAAUGCUGAAGAUACUUGCAGUACACUUGUGGAUGGUAACAUCAGUCCACUAAACCUCUCGAUUAUGCCAACCACUCCUCAGCUUAUAGAAAUGUCAAGUUCCAUCCCAGCACUUGAUACAAGAAAGUCUAUCAUUUCACAAAGUGUGCAGGCACAUCUUGAUGUGGCUCUGAAUUUGGAAAAUGCUGAAAAAACAGUUAAUAUUACCCCUGGUCCAAAUUCGACUGUUAGGAAGACCUCUUUACUAUCACCUGAUUCAACAAGUGGAGAGGACCCAGGUGCAUUAGAUGAAGUUGCCCAUACAAUAUCUUCUCUUAAUUCAAAUGAGAUUGAUGUCUAUCAUCACUUUCAACCUGAUGCACUCAUGUUGGAUCAUAAUAAGACCAGGCCUAUUCAGCAGCAAGAAAGUCCAAUUCAUUGUCCAUUGCCAAGGUUUUCAGCACAGGACAACCAUGAAGGUUCUUUGCAUCUGCCAGGCUAUGACAGUGUAAAAGGAAAUGUGCUGUUAACAAUUAAUCAAAUUGAAGAGCCCUUUGACUCUUCUUCCAAAAGUAUGAUCGGAAGCAUUCCAUCUCAACCUUCAGAGUUAAGUAUAUUCCCACAUGACAACCAUUAUAUUAACCUCUUUGAACAGUAUUCAAAUCCCUCAACUUGUAUAUCUCCUGGUGUUGGACUGCCACUUGGGGCUGAUCAAACCAAUCUUGAGGAAAUGCCUCCACUGCCUCCUCUACCUCCAGUUCAGUGGAGGAUGGGAAAGUCUCCGCGUGCUUCCCCUCGAGAGAGAGAGUUGACGCAAACCGAAACAGGUUUCUUUUCUAGCUUGCCAUCCAAGUUUGAUCAGGCAAUUGAACCUUUGGAAAAAUCACCAUUGUCAGCCAUAACAGAUGAAGCCCCACCCUCUGUGUAUCAAUAUGGUGCAGUGAGUCACGGUUCAUUCCCUUUGCCCAUGUCAAAUGAAGAGUUUGAUGAUAAUGGCAAAGACAAAAUUAAAUUCCCAACCAGAAUGCCGCCUGUAAACUCAUUCUCACAAGAUAUUCCUGUAGAUAAGUCUUGCACACUUUCCUUUGCGACGUCAUCCGAAGAAUUUCUCCAGCCUGCUGAAGAGGUAAUAAAAGAUGCACAUUUGAAUGGGAAGGAGCUUGAAGAAGACUUGAAAAGUUCAGGAGGAGAGUUGGAAACAUAUCAUAGAUUGGGACCAUUGGUUAGUCCACAGGAUUCAGCUUCUGUAGGUUCUUCUCGAAUAUCGGACAAUGAUGGCUCUACAAGUUUGGAGGAGAGUACUGCCACAGACAAAGAAUCUAUGCAAGUAGUCCCUGAUCAUCCAGAGGUGGCCCAACCAGAGUUGCAAUCAUCAACUGAGACAGGCUUGGAUGUACUGAAGCUUGACAAAGCAUCUGAAAUUUUGGAGGAGAAUGUGUACAGACAUGAAACUGUAAUAUUGGAGAAUGAAUCAACUAAAGCUGAACAAGUAACACCUGAGAUAAACUCGAAGGAAUCAGAGUGUGAAAAUGGUUCAGUAAGGUUGCAGGAGAAACCUGUCAGGAACGCUACAUUACGCUCAGCACUGGAGGCAAACUUCCGUAACCCGCUGCACAGGAAGCCUAAUUUAGAAGGGGAUAUAAUAUGGCCAGCUGUAGAAGAUGGAGCGGUUAAUGAGAGCAAGAAAGUGAAGCUUCCUCGAACCCGAAGUCCUCUAAUUGACGCUGUAGCUGCACAUGACAAAAGCAAAAUGAAGAAAGUGGUUGAUAGAGAUAAGUCCCCACUACAAAAGGCAGGGGAAAGAGAUACUCUUUUAGAAGAGAUAAGGAGCAAGUCGUUCAGUCUGAAGCCAACAGUGAUAACAAGGCCCACUGUUCAGUUUCCUCAAACCAAUCUGAGAGUUGCUGCCAUUUUAGAGAGAGCCAAAACGAUUCGCCAGGCUUUUGCUGGAAGUGAUGAAGAGGAUGACGAGGAUUCUUGGGAUUAAAUAAUUCGAGAAAACUUUCUGAAUUUAAGCCUCUCAAGUUUCAACCCACACAUUCAAAGAUUCUCAAAGUGUCUUACCACGUUUUGGUAGCAGCCAUUGCUCCCUUUCCAACCUCGCCCCUGUAAUAUACAUAACCCCCUAUAUAGCGUGUAUUCAGUUAGGGUUCCAAUAUUCUUCUAUAUCCCCGGAGUUAUCGGGGAAAUUUAUAUAUAUAUAUAUAUAAAAUAUAUACUUGAUGUUAUGACAUAUGAGGUCAGCAUGCAAGCACGAUGUUAUUCAUUAUCUUUGUAAAUUUUUAAGCAGUCAUUUAUUGCAAAAGUUUUGUGGUUUACAGAUCCACGCACAUUUGUAUAAAAGAGACUCUGGACUCUGGAGUCUGGAAUUAAUGAAACACUAGGGAAUGUGGGUAUGUCCG